AUGUUUGUCCCCUGUAUUUAACACUUAUCAUCUGAAAAAUAAUGCAAAUAAUGGCUCCCAGACAUUUACUCUUAUAAAAUAAUCGGCUGCUAUUGCCAAACUGAAUUAGGACACGGAAGUGAUGUCUAGUCUUUAGAAACAACUGCCACAUAUGACGAAACCACUCAAUAAUUUAUAAUAAACUCGCCUACAGUUUCAUCAACUAAAUGGUGGGUCGGAGAACUCGGAAUAUGGUGUACACAUGCAGCUGUAUUUGCCUAAUUAAUUAUUAAAGGAAAAAAAUAUGGAGUUUAUACUUUCUUCGUACCCAUUAGGGAUUAGUAAAACUAUAAUCCACUUCCAGGCAUAUAAGUAGGUGAUAUUGGACCAAAAGUAGGAGUUAGUGUUAAAGAUAAUGGGUUUGUGAGAUUCAAUAAUGUAAGAAUUCCAAGAGAAAAUAUGUUAAUGAGAUAUUAGAAAGUUUCAAAAGAGGGCGUUUUUACCCAAGUUGGGAAUCCUAAAAUCGGAUACGCAGUUAUGGUUUAAACUAGAUUGGCUAUUUCGACAUUCUUUCCAAGAACUUUAAGUAUUGCUUUAACUGUUGCGAUUAGAUAUUCACUUUUGAGAAAAUAAUUCAAAGAUAGUAAAGGAGAAGAAAGAACAAUUUUAGAUUAUUAAACUUAAUAAGAAAAAUUAUUUGUUCCUUUAGCUGAAAUAUAUGCGAUAUUGAUUAGUGCUUAUAGAAUAUAAGAUAUUUUUUUAAAUUUAAUGUAAAGAGUUUAAAAAAAUGACUUUUCGACUUUAAAUGAAACUCAUAUAGUUGUUUCAGGUGCUAAAGCAACAUGGACUGAAAGCGUUUUACAUUUUUUAGAAAUUAUAAGAUUAGCUUGUGGAGGUCAUGGAUUUUCUUAAUAUUCUGGACUUCCUGGAAUGGUUUAGGAAUGGAAACCUAUGGUUACAUUGGAAGGAGACAAUACUAUUUUACACAUGUAGGUAGCCAGAUUUUUAUUAAAAUAAGCUGAAAAAGCAAUGAAAGGACUUCCUUUAGGUUUUUCAGUUUAAUAUAUGAAAAUUAUAUCUGAAAUACAAGGAACUAAACUUGAGAAUGUAAAUACAAUUAAUGAAAUUAGUAAUUUGUAAGUUCUAUAAAAAAUUAUUGUUGCUAGUGCGAUUUUCCAUAUUUAAAGUGCUGCUAAUAAAAUGCUUACAUUUAUUUCCUCUGGAAAAGGGUCUAGAGAAGCAUGGGAUAAACAUACAGGAAUUGAAUUAGUGGAAGCUUCAAAAGCUCAUUUUUUAGUUUUCACAGUAAUGAAUUUUGAGGAAAGAAUCUAAUAGGAAACUUAAGAAAAUGUUAAAAACGUAUUAACAAAAUUGUGCUCAUUAUUUGCUGUUACAAAAAUAUUAAGUAAACCUAUAUAAUUAAUUGAAAAUGAGUAUAUUACUGGUCAUCAUUUGAGCUUACUUUAAUAAAUUAAAGAUUAAAUGUUGAGCGAAAUUAGGAAUGACGCGCUUGCAUUAGUAGAAGCUUUUGGGUAUUAAGAUAUGUAGUUAAGAUCUGCGAUUGGAAGUUAAAAUGGAGAAAUAUAUAAAAAUUUAUUUAAUUGGGCUAAAAAUUAUAAUUCGAUUAAUUAACAACCUGUUAUCGACGGAUAUGAAUGGAUUUAAAAAUUAAAAAAUUUGCAUGCUUCACUUUGA